UAGCCAGCACCAUCAUUGGUCGGUACCCAUGCCCGUCGGAAAUGGCGGGCCUCGCCAUUGGGCCGCUCUGCUCCGCUCCCCCGCCCUGCAACGCCUCGCCUCCCUGUAGCCUCCUCCCCUCGCGGUUCUCCCUCGGCCCCCUUACCCGCCCGUCCCCGCCGCAUCUCCCCUGUCCAGCUGGGCGGGGACUGCUGUACGACUCUGUAAAGUCUGUGAGUCACUGCACAACCCAUCAAUCCAAUUAAAUGUCUUGAGCGAGCUGAGCAGGCGGUGCUGCCGCCCGCUGCCGCUCGCCUCGCCGCGGCCCCGCCCCUGCUCGCAGCGCCCCUCUGAUCAUGGCUGUCUGUCUGUACUUGUUACGGUGUAACAUCCUCCUCCUCCUCCUUCUCCUCCUUCCUCCUCCUCCUCCUUGGGAGCCGCUGCAACUUCCCCUCAGCCAGUCUCCUCCUCUGCUUGGGGACUGCAAAGGCAUGGAUAGACCAGAGCCACUUCUCUCCGUCUCCCCACUAGCCCUUGCUCAGUUUCGCCCUUUAAAUUAAAGUCCGUUCCUCGCUCCUCGUCGUUUUAGAGAUUUAUUUGUCAGUCUAUUAUUUCCCCUGGUUUUCUUUUUCCUCGGCGGGGGCAAGGGUCGUCGGGGCCGGUGGUUUAUGCUAGGAGGUGCGCUUCCCCACCCCACCCCCUCGAUUUUUCCUCCCUCCUUUUCGGCCGUGACUUGGUUUCCCUGCUCCUUUCCGUUCCCACCCGUCGAACUCACCGUCCUGCACUCAAGUGACGCACCGACACCCCCCGCCCACAGCCCAGACGUCCACUCCCUCGCCUGCCACCCCGACCCGUCUCGGAGCUGGACAGGGUGCCGACUUCUUCGCGGAAGGAUAUAUGUUGGGUAAAGGAGGAAAACGGAAGUUUGAUGAGCAUGAAGAUGGGCUGGAAGGCAAAAUCGUGUCUCCCUCCGACGGUCCAUCCAAGGUGUCUUACACCUUACAGCGCCAGACUAUCUUCAACAUUUCCCUUAUGAAACUCUAUAACCACAGGCCCCUGACAGAGCCCAGCUUGCAAAAGACCGUUUUAAUUAACAACAUGUUGAGGCGGAUCCAGGAGGAACUCAAGCAGGAAGGCAGCCUGAGGCCCGGGUUCACCCCCUCCUCUCAGCCCAGCGACUCCCUGAGCGACAGCUACCGAGAGACCCCGCCUACCUUCAGCCACCUCACACCCCCUCCCGCUCACCCCUGCGACCUCGGAAGCACUACACCCCUGGAGGCCUGCCUCACCCCGGCCUCCCUGCUCGAGGACGACGAUGACACUUUUUGCACUUCACAGGCUGUACAGCCCGCAGCUCCUACCAGACUCUCCCCUCCAGCCCUCCCGCUGGAAAAGGACAGCUUCUCCUCUGCCUUGGACGAGAUCGAGGAGCUCUGUCCCACAUCUACCUCCACAGAGGCCACCGUGGUAGCGACUGACAGCUUGAAAGGGACCUCCAGCGAGUCCAGCAUCCAGAAACCCGAGGGGCCCCCAGAGGGCCGCACGGAGGACUCAAAACUGAUGGACUCUCUGCCUGGGAAUUUUGAAAUUACAACAUCCACAGGGUUCCUGACAGACUUGACCCUGGAUGACAUCUUGUUUGCCGACAUUGACACGUCCAUGUAUGAUUUUGAUCCCUGCACAUCUGCUUCGGGGGCAGCCUCAAAAAUGGCCCCUGUGUCCGCAGAUGACCUCCUCAAGACUCUGGCUCCUUACAGCAGUCAGCCCGUCACCCCGAGUCAGCCUUUCAAAAUGGAUCUCACAGAACUGGACCACAUCAUGGAGGUGCUCGUUGGGUCCUAAGACCCGGGGACUCAGCCACCUGACCCCACCGCCAUGCCCACCCAGACACUGCGAGCGUUUCCCCACAACCCUGACAAUUCUCCACACUGUGCAUGCACCCUUGCCUGCCUUUUUCAGAGAAAAAGAAAAUUUUACAAAAGGAUCACACUAGUUUUUGCUUUGAGCAGAGUUGGAGUGCCUUCAUCCAAGUAUGACCACUUUUAAUAUGCUUUCUUGAGUGGUUCCUCAGAGACCUACUACCGCGGUAUAGGAAAGAGUCCAUUUGAAGACAACAUUGCUAAUGUUGAAUGACAAACAUAAACAGUUCGAGUGAAGCACAAGGAUUAAGUUGGAAAAGUUGUAAAUUGCAUGUGCAUAUUUGUCUAUUUUUUCUAUAAGUUUUAAUGCAA